AGCGCGCGGUACUUGAAUGCGGAUUGAAUUGGCGGCUGGAGUGUAUUUUCUGCAACAGGUUUUUAAAAAAAAUAUACGGUGUGACCGAUCCGAAAACUGGUAUUUCUCAACAGUUACCGGGUGGGUCUUCUAAAAUGGUGCUCACGAUAGUAUGGUUGGCUCUCGCAUUGUUCAGGAUACUAUGGUGCCUGGCUCCGCAAACUGGCUAUAUACAUCCUGAUGAAUUUUUUCAGUCACCUGAAGUUAUGGCAGGUGACAUUUUGAAUUUGAAGAUCUUUCGUACUUGGGAAUUCAACACCAGCCACCCCAGCAGAUCAAUCCUGUUCCCAAUGGCCACAGCUGGCUUUUCCUUCAUAGUUCUGAAAACUUUACACAAUUCUGGCUUAUUUGGCAGUAUUCUAAGCAGCAACAAUUUGUUGAUUUUUCCUAGAUUCUACCUGACAUGCCUGUCCUUUAUACUGGACUACUCUGUAUACCAUUUAGCCUGUCUCUGGGGAGCAGACCCUUGGCAUUCUUUAACACUGCUGAGUGGGUCACAUGUGAUGUUGGUUUUUUACACAAGGACAUUUUCAAAUGUUGUGGAAGGAGUUCUGUUUGCAUUAUUGCUGGUGUUAGUAGCUGUGGACCUACAGCAAACAAAUGUGGCAGCACACCCUAGGAAAAAGGAAAGAAGGAACAAUAAAGAUCUUAUUGGGGUUGUUUUGGUCUCUGGCUUUUUUAAUAGGCCCACAUUCAUUGGUUACGCUUUAGUACCAAUGCUGUUGUGGCUUUCUCAUGAUGAGAAAGGGAAGUUUCUAUUCAGCUUAAGAACAAUACUGAAAACAUCAUUUAGCAUUUUUUUAUCCGUAAUUGUAACUACUUUCAUUUUCAUUGUUAUUGAUACACUAUAUUUUGAUUUGUUAGUCUCUGAAAUUGGCUGGUUUUUGGAAGAUGGAAAUUCUACACACAAACAUAUCAUUAAUCUAAGCAAACAUCUAGUUUUAACUCCACUCAAUUUCAUUUUGUAUAACUUGGAUCCAGAAAACCUUGCUGUACAUGGGCGGCACCUCUGGUUUACGCACCUGACUGUUAAUGGUCUUACAAUGUUCGGUGCUCUUCACUUGUCAGCUGUUGUAUCUGUUAUCAGAAUUAUUACUCAAAAGUCUGUUGGCCCAGCUUGGUCCCAUGACCCAAAGAAACAGCAGUUUAAAAAGAGAUUACUAAUGCAGUUUUCUGCUACAUCUCCAAUUACUGAGUAUUUAAUUUUAGUUUAUUUUGUUCCUCUGAUCAUCCUGUCUUUGUUUAGUCAUCAGGAGGCACGGUUUCUUAGUCCACUCAUUGUACCAGUUGUUAUACACAGUGUUUUAAAUGAUGACAUGUUCAGGAGAAAAGGUGUAAUUGUUGUGUUUAACAUUUUAUUUUCAAUACUUUUCGGCUGCCUUCACCAGGGUGGCUUAAUACCUUGUUUGUCUUAUUUAGAAAAUAUUUUGCAUUCAAAUGAUUCCAUGGCUAACCAGUUUGAGCACGAUUUGAUAUUUUAUCACACCUAUAUGCCUCCUAGGUAUCUCUUGAAUAUCAAAUCAGAUCAAGAGUCUAUCAGAAUCAUUGACCUGGGAGGGUCUGACUUGUCUAUACUCAAUAGCACAGUGAAUGGACUGCUUAAUAAUUUCUCAAAGCACUUAACAAUGUGUUUGUCCAAGCAGAUUGGGAAUAAUCAGGAAAUAAAUAUCUACAUUAUUGCACCUGGCACUGUUCAAAAUGAGAUCAGAAGCUGUGGUUUUCAGUGGAAAACUGUUGCAUCGUUUUUCCCUCAUUUAACUACGGAAGAUCCACCUGAUAUUUCUUCUCUUCUUUCUGACGAUGGAUUGACCCAACUGAGUCUUUACAUUUUCAAGGUGCACACAAAGUCAAAGAUUUAGAAAAUUAAGAUCAUGGCUGAUUUGUGUACUCAGUUCUACUUUUCCUAAAGACCACGUUCUUUCAUUCCUUUAGAGACCAAAUACUAACCACCAAAUACCAAUCCAUUUCAACCUUGAAUAUACUGAAGACUGAGCAUCCACAAUGCAUUGGAGAAUUCCAAAGAUUCACAACCUUCUGUGUAAAGGGGAAAGAGGGGGAGAACAAUCUGUAAGCAUCCACACUGUCCAGCCUACACAGAAUGUUAUAAGAUUCAUUGAGAUCACACUUUAUUUUUUUAAACUGCAGAAUAAUUAUAUUUUGAAGAUGUCGUUCUAGCUUCUUCUGUGAUGUAUUUGUAAGUGUGGGAUAUAUAUUUAUAUACUUAUAUUUGCAGAUAUGCUGGUUCUAGGUGACUGUCAAAUUAUUAGUGUCUUCCGGGUGAUUUAUAUAAGGUACCAUCUAUGGCUUUUUGUUGGUGAGAAAUAUAGAUCAAGCACAAUAGAAAUGAAGAUUGGGUAAUGAAAGUAAAAGAAUGAGUUUUAUUUCUAUGGUUCAUUUAACAUAAUAAAACAUCCUGCUGUGCUUAGCAAGAGGAUUAUCAAUAAUAACAGAAGGAGAAAUCAGGCCAGAAUUGAAAAAGCACUGCGAUCUUGAAGACUUGUAAAGGGGAUGGAGCCUGCAGAAAUACACCUGGUGCAUUUUAAUUUGAUGGACUUUUCUAAGUUUAAAGCAAUUGCUAAGCUCAGCUCUGUGCUCUGAUCACAUCUGCCUCAGCUUCAAAUAACUGUUAUGUGGCCUGACUACAGAACCGAAUCAAAUACUAAAAUUCUGUAAGUAGUUAAAAAUGGAAUUGUAGUUUAUCCAUUUACUUCAGAGG